AUGACAGAAAAUAAAAAUAAGAUCCCCCAAUAUGCAAAGGAGUACAGAAAUGAAUAUCUAUUUGUAAGAGGGAUUAACGAGACAUGCGGGAAGUUUUUAAGGGUAUUAGAUAAAGAAGAAAAAGUAGCAGAAGGAUUUGAUACUCCUCAAGCUAAAAGGCUUAUGUUAUGGUUUAGAAAAUUUUUAAAAGCUCAAGAAUUUGGUUACCUUAAGGACACUACUGAGUUUUAUUUUGAAGAGAGUGAUGCUAAUUAUAUUGAUCAAUUAGAAACAACAGUAGCUGAUUAUUUUGAUUUGUAUUACGAUGUAGGUAGUUAUCAGUUUAACCAGGAAAAGUAUGAUAAUGACUAUCCUAGUUUAAGAGAGUUUCAUGAAUGUUUUGAAAGAUUUAAGAAAAAGAUAAACAUUAGAGAAAAGACUUAUGAAGAAUUUAUGAGUGAAGUUCGUGCUAUGAAAUUUGACCAGAAUAUUUUCAGUGAUAGUGAUAGUGAUAGUGAUAGUGGUGAUUUUGAGAUUAUAUUACAUGAUAGUGAUAGUGAUAGUGAUAGUGGCGAUUAUGUGUAUGUAUUACAUGGUAGUGAUAAUGAUAGUGAUAGUGAUUAA